GACCAAUCGAAAAGGCAAAUGCAAGAUUAGAUUCUUAUCCUGCAGCUGGCUGCAAAAGGGACCCCGUGAACACUUUCUCGCAUCUGAACCCCUCCUUUUCGUACGAUCGACGUCAGUGAUCCAAACAGUUCCCCACCUUAGCCAAUGAAGACAAACCGAGUCUUUAAAUCCCAUCUUUUCACAAUAUCGCGCAAAUAUUCCCCAGCCAUAUCGCUACUUAAUCAUACGUACUCUUUUAUCCCCGUGCUCGAGCAAGUAUAUCCCGAAUAUUGUUUCGUUCACCGCAAGUUGCGUGCGAGUGCGUGGUUUUCUGGGCUGAGAGUGAGGUGUGCGUUUCGCUCUAGGCAGACACCAUAUCACUCGAUCUCCUCCUAACGACCUCAGGCUCUUCCUCACCAACUCGCGUCUCUCGCAGAUUUAUUGCCAUUUUGCAUAGCCUACUGAAACAAUCGGAGGAGGAACAGCAGUCAAAAUGACGCGAUUAAUAGUAUACAGUACCGCCUUUGUGGCGUUCCUUGGAGCGACCGCGAUGACCUUGGCUGCAAUAUUCAUUCCGGACUGGAUCACUUGGACGGUAGACACAACCGACGGCGGACGAUUCACCAAGACGAUUGGACUUCACAGGAGCUGUUCUUCCACAAUGGGACAUUGUAUACACUACCCACAAGAGGAGGAUUGUUCGGGCACCGACAGGUACUUUUGUUCGAUGUGGAGGUCUGUGGGGUUUAUGAUGUCGCUUACGGCGGUGCUGGAGUUGGCUACACUAUUGGCGUAUAUAGUGGUUAUACUUGGUGGGAAGCAGAAGAGGGAAGCCGGGUGGAAGAUGCUCGCCAGCAUGUUAUUAUUAAUUGGGGUGGUACAAUGUGCUAGUAUGGCUAUUGUGGCAUACCUAUUUGACAACGACGAGAGGUUCUUCGUUGGAUGGAAGUUGGAUAAGUCGUGGGUUCUAUGCACGGUUUCUUGGAGUAUUGCGGUUCUUUCGGCAGCAUGUAUCUCUCUGUCGGCAUUUGUGUUCCCGCCAGAAGAUGGAUACGAACUUAUUCCUAGCGAGCGGCAUGGGAGAUAAUCGGGGGAUGGUACAGAUGGAACGAAUUAUGCAUGCGGGUGGGGAUAAUCUUUGUACAUGAGGUUGCGUGAGAGCAGCUUGGAGCAUUGGGAUUUUGCAUGGCGUUUGCGUUUGGGGGAUUGCAGGGAGUAGUUUCAACCUCACAUUUUGGUUGUAUCUGGUAAUACCCAAAUUUAAGGAAGUGUGGUUUCUGCACAAGUUCUCUUGCUCCAGAUCCAUCGAAAUGGGUUCCAAUUUUGCCUUGCAAAGUGCUUGGUCACGUGGAAUGCGCCUUUUUUUGGUA